GCAUGACGAAAGCGGAACGAGUACAUUGUAGCAGUGUAGCACUGGUUUCGGCACGUAACGGUCAUUGAAAAUCCGCCAUCGUCAUCAUUCUUCCCGCGGGUUCGCGACUUUCUCUAUCGCGUGCUACUCUCUGUGUCUCGGAAAAUAUUGCGUAAGCUAUUUUGGCUAGGCGAAUCCGAGUGCUUAAGAUAACGGUUCUUAAUCACGAUGAAUCGCGACGUGGAGAGUGGGAGAGAUGGUAGCGAGGUGAACGGCGCCUCGAAGGAAACGCCGUCGUUAGUUGCUAAUAAAGUUGAGGACGAGAAAGAAGCGAUGGUGCGUCAAGACAACACAAUGGGCAAGCAAAAUCCUGAAGAUCUGGACGAUGGUGCACAGGAACGAAUGCUCAAGGAUGAAAACGCCGCGAAGAUCACCGAAAAGAACGCCACCGAGGUCAAAUUUAUUUCUGAGAAUGGAGACGCUAAAAUUGACAUUGAAAUGAUAAAAGAAGCACUCUCUGGAAUGAGCAAAGAGGAAUUGAUGAAGUUUGCUAAUGAUCCAUUCUGGGUGAGAUUGAGAUGGGCCUUGUUCAUCCUUUUUUGGCUAUUGUGGGCUGCUAUGUUAGCUGGUGCCAUAGCUAUCAUUGUAAUGGCACCAAAAUGUUCAGCUCCUGAACCGAAGAAAUUAUGGGAGGAAAGUCCGAUUAUUCAAUUGGAUGCCUCAACAGAUUCUUUUAAUGGCGAUUUGAAAGGAUUGGAAUCUGUGCUGAACAAUUUGACAAAUUUAAAUGUCAAGGCUAUAUCCCUUUCAUCAUUGGUGAAGGAAGCAGCAGAUGGGGGAGUCGAUGAUUUUAAUGCCAUCAAACCCCAAUUAGGAAACAUCAGCGAUUUGGAAAGUCUUAUUGAAGUCGCGAAGAAGAAUGGACAACAAAUCUUUUUAGAAUUAGAUCCCAAUCAUUCCUCUGUGGAGCAUCCGUGGUUUAAGCAAUCUGUAGAGAAACAGGAGCCAUACACAUCCUAUUAUAUUUGGGCUAAUGGAAUAACAAAAUCCGAAGGUGGAAAAGAAAGACCAAGUCCUCCAAAUAAUUGGUUGAGCGUAUACGGUGGGUCUGCGUGGGAAUGGAAUGAACAAAGAGGUCAAUAUUAUCUCCAUCAGUUUAACAAAUCUCAACCUGAUUUGAACUACGCCAAUCCGGAAGUGGUGAAAGAAUUUGGAAAUGUCUUAACUUAUUGGCUAAAAUUAGGAAUUAGCGGUUUUCGCUUGGAAAAUUCCCAAUAUUUAACGGAAGAUCCGGACCUCCGUAACGAAUCUAGAAGCUUUUAUUAUCCUGUAGAAACAAAUUAUCAUUCGUUGAUACACAUUUAUACACGCAAUCGUCCAGAGAACGUUGCAGUGUUAAACAAAUGGCACGAGAUCGUUUAUAAUGAAACUAAUGGCAAAGGACUGUUCUCAUUACAAGAUCCCAUUCCUAUAGAUAUUUUGCAAAUUUACAACGAGACGAAGAAAAUUGAUUUACCUCAAAGUUCACAUUUUCUUGUCUCUACCGAUGCAGAUAGGAAAUUAAUGAAGCUAAAUGCUACGACGUUAAAUACAAGUAUAACACAAUGGCUCAAUGUUGCGCCAUGGCCUGCAUGGAAUCUUAAUAGUAAACAACAUAUUUUGAGAGAACUUGUGCCUACUGAUACCGCUGACAGCAUAAUAUUAAUGACGAUGCUGCUUCCGGGUACGCCUAUUCUUCGACUAAACGAUACCAAAUCCAUAGAGAAGGCAUUUACAACUUUGUCAAAUGCGCGAAGAGGUUUAACGUUCCUUCACGGCAAUAUGACAAGUAAAAUAAUAAACGAGACUGUCUUCGUAUACGAAAGGAGUUGGUUAAAAAGCGGAAAUCCUGGAUAUUUGGUAGUGCAUCAGACAGCAGCAAAAAAAGCUACUAUAGAUCUGUCUGUAAUACCACAAAUAUCUGAAGAAGUCAAUGUACUCGCAUUCAGUCCUAAUUAUGUUCAAGACGAAUUCCCAAAUAAUAAAAAAUAUCCUUCAAAAGAAGUACCUAUAUCGCCGAUGAGCACGUUGAUUUUAACAUUUGUGCCCACGGAGUAAUCAUCAUGAAAGAUGUUUCAAAUGCAAAAAUGAUCGGCUAUAUACGAUUGCUUUUUGCUUCAAUGAAGAAAUAGAGAAUUAAGAAAAUUGCAGCAAAAUUCAGAAUAAGAGCAAUAUAGAAUGCAUACACAGCAUGUGACGUCGCUUGAUUAUUAAUCAUGGAAAGCCAGUUUGCCAUAGUAAACAUGAAUAUAUAUGAAUAUAUAUUACACUUAAAUGACGUCAUUACAUGUUUAUACACGAGGAAACAUUUGUGCAUCGCUAUCAGAGCAUUAUGUUUUAUAGAUUGUGUAUUAUUUGAUAACAUAUCGUGCGAUGUUUGCGAUAAACAAAGCUUAAAUUUUUGUAA